GAGAGAAGGAAGAAGAAGAAGUUCACUCAAGAAACAACGCUUAAAAGCCACCCACUGCAUUUCCGUUUCGGUGCUGGUCUGGUUAGGGCUUCCCGGCGUUUCGACCCGCGCCCCACCUUGCUGCGGCACAUCAAACCCUAACCCCCUUGGGCCAACGCGUCGCUAUCUCUCUUCUCUCUCGAACCAGGUAACCGUAACUUUGAACCCAUUAAAAGAAGGUUCCACCUUCAUUUUAGAUCUAGGGUUUUAUCUCCUUUCUCAUUCUUUACCAGCUUCCAGACCCCGUUAAUGUUUUUCUAGGGUUUGAAUCUCCUUCCUUUAGCUUUAUUUAUAUGACAUUUACGACUUUUUUGAGGUAGUGAAAGUUUUUGGUGUUGUUCAUUUUUGGGUUAGGGUUUCUACGGUUUGAUGCAGUGGGGGCCGGUCCCGCUGCACAGGGAUCACAUUAGGGUUUCUGAUCUGCCAUGGCUAGUUCUGGCAUUGGUAACAAGUUUGUAUCAGUGAAUCUUAACAAGUCAUAUGGCCAACCAGGCUCAUCCUCUAAUGGAGUCUCUAAUAGUGGGAGAAUCGGUAGUGGUAGAGCUUCUUCUUCUUCUGGUCAUGGAGGAAUGGUGGUUUUGUCAAGGCCACGAGCCCAGAUUUCUGGGUCGAAGGGUACGAGGCUCUCUGUACCACCCCCCUUGAACCUGCCUUCAUUGAGGAGAGAGCAUGAAGGGCUUGAGCCAUCUGGUGUGGGCUCUAAUGGAGCUUCAGGGGUGGGCUCUGGUUCUGGUUUUGGUUCGGGGAUUGUAGGUUGGACAAAGCCACAACAACCCAUCAAUUCUCUUUCAGAGAAAGAUAGUGGUGUUGAUAACCCAAUUGGGAAAUCACCCAUUGGGUCAUCUGAAUUGAUGUCAAGCUCCGCUAAAGCGCAUGGUCAUGGGGUUGAUGUUACUGGUUCAGAAGGUAAUGGUAGAGGGGGUUCCCUUUAUAUGCCCCCUGGUGCCAGGGCAAGCUCCCCUGCAAUGGCUUCCCAGUCAUAUGCACCAGUUGAGAAAGCAGUUGUUUUGAGGGGCGAAGAUUUUCCUUCUCUACAAGCUGUUAUCAUGAAUCCUCCACCUCCUGCUCCAAAGCAGAGAGAAACUCUUCAGAAGCAAAGCAAGAAACAAGAGGAGGAUGGGAUGAGAGAGCAAAAAGCAAAGCUUCAGGAGAUGUCUCAGAGCUCAGCAUUUGGUUCUGAUACUGAGGUGCCUUUGGCUAUGCGCCCACAAAUGAUGCCUCGAGCUCCUCAGAGUGGGUCAAGUGAGAAGCAGAGGUUGGGAAGCCUGGGUGUUUCAGAGAAAUCUCAGAAGCAGGAGGGGCUUUUCUCAGUUCAGCUGCCUAAUAUUCGAAUGACCCAUUUGUCUGAUUGGGCUGAUGAUGAGAGAGAUACAGGCCAUAGGUUCUCAAGAACAGAGGUUCAGAGCAUUCGCAGCGUUGAUUAUGAUAUCCCGAGAAGUGGUUUGCCUAGAACCAGUAAUGGAGCCUACGAUCUUCAUCAGUCUCGGAAGAAUAAUGGGUCUUUCCAUGGAUUGGCACCUGAUUGCGAGCUCAGAGAUACCAUUCGUGAUGCUGAUUCUGCUAAAUUAUUGCAGAGAGGGGAUUUAUAUGGAAGAGAAUCUAUAAGCAGAGAAGGAAGAGACAGUAACACUUGGAGGAGCCCAGUAGUGCAAAGGGAUACCCGAGAUGGAGGAAUUCAUAGAAUUGGAGUUGGGUCUUCGAGGCCUACUGGCUUGAGCAGGGAUACUGGUAAUGAAAGCAAAUUUGAUCGUUCUACUUAUACAAGGAAUUCCUCAGCAUCACCUGCCACAGAAGGUGCUUGGGGUGGUCAGGAUUCCAGGUAUAGAGAGUCUUAUAAUAGAGAUGGGGUAUAUGGGUGGGUCAAUCAAGUUCGAAGCCAUGUAUCAGAUAUUUCUAGCACAAGGGUCAAUGAUCAAAAUGUGAGGGGAAGGAAUGGUGAUUCUGUUACAAAUAGUAUGAUAGCCAGGUCUUCUUUUUCUUCAGUUAGCAAGGGUUUUGGCAUGAGUGACCCCAUAAUGAAUUUUGGCAAGCAAAAGCGUUUGUUUUCAAACAAUGGGAAACCAUACACUGAGGAUGCUUUCGUUAAAGAUUUUGGGUCUCCUGAUCCUUUCUUGGGCAGUGCUCUUGCUGAUAUGAAAUUGUUCAGGAGGAAGAAGGAUGCAACAAAACAAGUAGAUUUCCACGACCCAGUUCGAGAAUCAUUUGAAGCUGAGCUUGAAAGGGUUCAGAAGAUGCAAGAGCAGGAGAGACAGAGGGCUAUUGAGGAGCAGGCUAGGGCCUUGGACCUUGCUCGAAAAGAAGAGGAGGAGAGAGAACGCGUGGCCAGGGAAGAGGAGGAGAGGCAAAGGAGGAUAGAAGAGGAGGCAAGAGAAGCUGCAUGGAGAGCAGAGCAAGAGAGGUUGGAGGCAGCUAGUAGGCUUGAAGAGCAGAAGAAAGCCAGAGAAGAGGAGAAAAGGAACAUGCUUUUGGAGGAAGAUAGGAGGAAAGAAGGAGCAAGACAAAAGCUUUUGGAUUUGGAGGCAAGAAUUGCAGCGAGAAGGCAAGCAGAAGCUGCAAAAGAUGACAAGUUACCUAAAGUGGGUAACGAGAUUUUGCCACCAGGAAAAGACAGGGAUGCUUCAAGGCUUGCUGAUUCAGGGGAUUGGGAGGAUAGUGAAAGAACAGUGGAGCAGAUCGCUAGCUCUGCUUCUUCUGAAUCAUUGGGGGGUCAGAAUGGAUCCUAUGAAACAGGUUUCAGACAUUACAUGUCGAGGGAUGGGAAUUCAUUUGCUUCAGAUAGAGUAAAACAUGUGAACUCGUGGAAAAGGGACCUAUUUGAGAAUGGGAAUGGUUCAGGCCUCCUUCCUCAUGAUCAUGAUAAUGAAUAUCACAGUCCAAGUCGAGAUGCAUUUGCAGGAGGGAGGGGAUUUCCUAGACGAGAGUUGCAUGGAAGUUUGGGAGCAAUGCCAACUAGAGGUUUUGGCAAAAUGGGAAUGCUAGAAUCUCACUUAUCAGAUGAUGUUCCUUACACAAGAGGGCAAAGAUGGAAUUUCCAAGGGGAGAAUGAGCGAUACAGUAGGUCUUUAGAUGCUGAAUUGGAAUAUGUUGAGAACCCAGGGGACAAAUUUGGGGAUAUUGGGUGGGGGACUGGUCGGUCUCAAGGAGCUCCACAUGGGCCUUAUGGAGAAAGGUCUCCCCAGAGUUCUGAGAUUGAUUCUUAUUCCUUUGGAAGGUCACGCCACUCUAUGAGGCAGCCACGUGUUCUUCCCCCUCCUUCCUUGGCAUUGGCGCACAAAGGGUUCUCUAAGAGUGGUUUAGAGAAGCCAGGUUCUUCUUUGGUUGAUCAACGUGCACUGCAAAGAGGUGAACAAGCCAUGCAGAUGGGCUCUCAGAGUGGUAUUGGAGAUAAGCAUGAACAAUCUGAUAUGGUAGCUGGGCCACAUGAUGCUGUCAUCCAGAGGGACCAAGAUGAUAAGAGUGCUCUUAGAUGUGACUCCCAAUCCUCUCUCUCUGUUUCAAGUCCUCCCAAUUCACCAACUCAUCUCUCUCAUGAUGACUUAGAGGAAGUUGGUGAUUCACCUGCUUCUCCUAGCGGCAGUGAGCAGAUUGUUUUGCCCAAUUCCAAGAAUGGGUUUAUGGAUUCAGAGGAGAACAAAGCUAUUAUGACAUCCUCAGCCUCAGGUCUUGUAACUCCUUUGGAAGAUGAAGAGUGGGUGAUUGAGAAUGAAGAUGGUUUGCAGGAGCAGGAAGAGUAUGAUGAAGAGGAAGAUGCAUAUCAAGAGGAGGACGAAGUACCAGAGGGAGAUGAGGAAAACCUUGUUAUAGCUGAAGAUUUUGAUGAUCUCCAUAUGGUGGAAGAGCAUAAAAUGACUGACAAAGUUGAUGGUGCUACUGAUUUAGCGUUUGAUGAGGGUCUUAAAGUUGAGGUGCCCCAUGCUGAGGAUUCCGACAGGGGGUCUGGAAGCAGUGACAAAGUGAUAGAAGCACAAUCAGUGUCUGUUGCUAUUGAAGAGGAACUGAAAUCUUGUAACGACCAACAAAAUGCGGUUGGACCUGGUGCGCAAACGGAUAAAUAUUCUUCUGAGGUGCCAGUGGAGAGUACAUCAGAAACAGUACAGAUGGUUGAAAAGGGCUUGCAAGAUUUGGUUCUUCAUCCAUCAAACAGCGCCCAAGUCUCGGUAUUAUCAGGCAAUCGUUUUCCAGAUGGUGGGGAUGCAUCUACCUCUGAUAUCACAAUGGUUACCCAACCACCCAUUCCCUCUAUACUGCAUUCUCUAUCUCCUACUCCAGUAGCACAGCCUAUUAUGUCCUCUGUUUCUUCUGUUGCCACAGUUCGCAAUCAGUCUGAGGUUCCUGUUAAGCUGCAGUUUGGCCUCUUCUCGACCCCUUCAUUGAUACCAUCUCCAGUUCCUGCCAUACAAAUUGGUUCAAUACAGAUGCCCCUCCAUCUUGGCCAACCUAUCACACAAAUUCACCCGUCACAGCCCCCAAUGUUCCAAUUUGGUCAGUUAAGAUAUCCGUCCCCGCUUUCUCAAGGAAUUUUACCAUUGGCCCCUCAAGCUGUGUCAUAUGUUCAUCCCACUGUUCCAGCACAUUAUUCUUUGAACCAGCAGUCAUCAGUAUCUCAACAUGACCAAGUGGCUCAAGCUUUUUCAUUUCAAACAGUUGAUGGGAAUGAAAAUAUUUCAUCUUCUCAGCCUGCAAAUCAGUCGUUCCUUCUUCCAAAUCCAUCUAUGGAGCUGAACGCAUUGCAAGUAAAUGAGAGACCAAUGAGUGAAGCUGCACUACAUCAGAGCCAGGCGGAAAACUCUAUCUUUAGUUCAAGUAGUGUGAUUCAUGAUGCAAAUGUUAAACGGGUAUAUAGACCAGUGGGUAUUAAUCGAGAGAGCCUUUAUCAGUCACCUGAUCAGGGGCCUAAUGAAAGAGGAAUAAUUGGGUCACAGACUGUAGGCACAGUGCCCAGUAUGAGAGGAAAAAGAGGCAUUCAUAGUGCCAAGAAUGUAGGUUCAGGCUACUCUAUACCACCACUAUCUGAAUUGGCUCGCUUUGAUCCCAGCAAAUUUCCUAGAAGGGGUAGGCGUAACAUUCGUCGAACUGAAUUUAGAGUCCGCGAGAGGCAACCGGAAGAUAUGGGAUCGUCGAACUACAAUGGGCAUGUUGAGAAGUUGGACUUAAGUUCAAGGGUUGGGGGAGAUGGGGCAAAGAGUGUGCGUAAUAAAUCAAGCAAAUCGAUAGUGGAAUCGGAAAGCUUUAUGAACUCGAAUUCUCAUUUACGUGGUAUUAUUUCUGAAACAAAGAUGGAUAGAACUCUCGACAGAGAAGCACCACUGAAAAGGCAGCUUGAUAGUUCCCAUUCUACAGCAGAAAAGCCUAAGAGGAAUGGAAGUUCUGAGGAGGAUGUUGAUGCUCCUCUACAAAGUGGUGUCGUGCGUGUUUUCAAGCAGUCUGGCAUUGAAACUCCUAGUGAUGAGGAUGACUUCAUCGAGGUGAGGUCCAAGAGGCAGAUGCUGAAUGUUCGCCGCGAACAAAGGGAGAAGGAAAAUAAGGCUAAAUCUAGAGUCCUAAAGCAGGCAGCUCGGAAACCGCGAUCUGUGCUCACAGGUACUGCCCAGAGUGGUGUGGUUUCAUCUAAUUCCCCUCGGAUGGUGCGACCUUUUGGAGGUGAUAGUAGAUCUUCAGGAGCUACAGGUGGAAUUUGUUCGGAGACGGCCAUCUCUGAAGGAAGGGAAUCUGGUGGUGUAGAAGUGCCUACCACAGUUGCAACCCCCCCGUUAUCUCAACCAUUGCCUCCGAUUGGGACACCACCUGCAGCCUUUGCUGAUAGCCAAGCUGCCAAUGUGAAAUCCCUUCCAACAAGUUCUUUCCCUGCGAUAUCUAUUGGAGCGGUAAACAUUGCCUCAGGCUUUUCGUUUGAAAACAAAAAUGUAGCUAUCGAUGUUCCAAGCUCUUUGGGAUCAUGGGGUGGCACGCGAAAUCAACAGGUAAUGAGCUUGACCCAGACUCAAUUGAAGGAGGCUCUGAAGCCUGUACGGUUUGAUGUACGUGCUACACUAGCACCUCUUGGUGACCGCAGUGCUUUGGCUUUGGAGCCUAGCAAACCCUCAUCUUCAGUCUUGACCCAGGACAAGCCUUUCAUUUCUUCUGCAAGCCCUCUUAAUUCCCUUCUCGCAGGGGAGAAAAUUCAAUUUGGUGCAGUGACAUCUCCAACAGUUCUCCCACCUGGCAGUUGCUCAGUUUCAAAGGGAAUCAGUCCUUCGGUAUCCUGUAGGUCAAAUGUUGCAAUGGACCAAGGGCUUUCUGCACCAGAGAAUGACUGCACAAUGUUCUUUGAGAAAGGGGAGCGUACUGAUGAGCCCUGUGUUCAGCUGGAGGAUCCUGAGUCUGAAGCUGAGGCAGCUGCUUCAGCAGUUGCGGUCGCUGCCAUAAGUAAUGAUGAAGUAGUAGGGAAUGGGCUGGGCUCAGGCUCAGUCACUGUUGCUGAUGCCAAAAGCUUUGGUGUCUCAGAUGUGCUCCCUUCAGGAGGCACAGCCAAUGGGCAUGCACUAGCAACCCAAACCAGGAGUGAAGAAUCCCUUACUGUUGCUCUUCCUGCUGACCUCUCUGUGGAGACCCCUCUUUCAUUAUGGCCACCAUUACAGAGCCCACAGAGCUCUUCAAGCGCGAUGCUUUCUCAUUUUCCUGGUGCACCUCCACCCUCCCAUUAUCCUUGCUUCAAGAUGAAUCCAAUGAUGGGUGGCCCCAUUUUUGCCUUUGGGCCCCAUGAUGAGUCUUCAGGUGCUCAGCAGCAAGCACAAAAGAAUGGCUCAUCGAGUGCAUCGCCCCUUGGUGGUUGGCAACAAUGCCAUUCAGGAGUGGACUCCUUCUAUGGACCUUCAGCUGGAUUCGCUGGUCCUUUCAUUGGCCCUUCAAGUGCAAUUCCAGGUGUUCAGGCCCCUCCUCAUAUGGUUGUCUAUAAUCACUUUGCACCAGUUGGGCCGUUUGGCCAGGUGGGGUUGAGUUUUAUGGGCACCACCUAUAUUCCAUCUGGUAAGCAGCCUGAUUGGAAACAUACUCCAGUUUCUUCUCCAACAGUUGGCCUGAAUGAGGGGGACAUGAACAAUAUGGUUUUGGGCCAGCGCAAUCCUAGCAUGCCUGCUGCUAUUCAGCAUCUUGCUCCUGGAUCACCACUUGUUCCAAUUGCAUCACCGAUGGGUUUGUUCGACAUUUCCCCAUUUCAGUCAUCAACCGACCUGCCAAUUCAAGCCCGCUGGUCCCAUAUCCCUGCAGCAUCACCCAUCCACUCUCUGCCCCCUCUCUCUGUGGGCUCCUCAGUGCCCCCACAGCAACAAUUCAACCAUCCAUCAACCAUGGACCACAGCAAUAAUAGUGCCAGGUUCCAUGAGACACGAACCUCCAAGACCCAGGAUGCCAUGCCCUUCUCAGCCUCAGAUACCACUCCCCAUUUCCCCGAAGAAUUAGGGCUUGGUGACUCAGUCCGUGUGCCCAACACGACUACCCCUACCAACACUGGAAGGCCCAAUGCAUACAAUACAAUCGGUGGAAAACCUCAGAACAGCAAGAACUCUCCUAGAGUCAAUGCUAAUACUAGUGAGGCCAGUGGAACUAGCAUGAGCAUCACUACAAGCAGCAAUAGCUGUAGCAGUGGGAGUAGUCAACAAGCCAUUCAUGGGAACCAUGGUGGUUCAGGCCAGGUUUUCAAGCCUCAAACUUCUCAGCAAGGGCAAGGUUAUCUUCACCCUAUUGGGUAUUCAGAGCAAAGGGGAGGAGGUCCUGGGCAACAGAAGGUGGGUUCCACCAAUGAGUGGCAGCAACAGAGGAGGGGAGGUUUUCAGGGGAGGAGCCAAGGGGAGAAGAGUUAUGCACCUUCAAAGAUGAAGCAGAUUUAUGUGGCCAAGCCCACAACGGCUGGAAAUGCGACAGCCAUAUGAUAGUUGAAGAAUGAGAGUGAUUAUGAAGGUAAGGGUUCUGGCCUAUUUGUUGUGGGCUGGCGGUUUUGGGGUUACCUCUUUCUAUUUGAGAGGUUGGGGAUUCUGUGUGCUUAAUGGGCCAAUGCGGUGUUCUAAGGAGAAAGGAGUGGAGUGGGGGUCCUAGGUGGAUUUCUUGUGGUGUAUGAGAUUGCUUUGCUGCUUGUUUCUGCUUGGUUUUUGGUGCUGGUCAAAGGGUUAUAGCAGUUGGUUGAUGUAUGGAAAAACUUUGCUUUAGUUCUACUGGGAAUUUUGAUGACAUGUAGCUACAGAUGGUGAAGUCUUUGGAACUGAAACUGUAUUUCAUUUUUGCUAGUUUCUAGAACAGGAGCUUUUUACUGUAUUUUUCAAGGCUGCCUGGUACUCUGAUAAAGCUGGAAUACCAUUGUCAAAGAGAGAAAUUAAGAUAAUUGGAACAAUGAGGAUCAGGAGAAUGCUUUCAUAUGAUGUUUGUUUCUGCAAAAUUCUUUUGCAGAUAGGAAAAAUGAAUGAGAUUCUUUUGGUUUGCACAA